AGCCCAUUCAGUCUCCGAAGACAUUAAUUCGCCGGCGUCGAUAAAUAUCUCAAGCAAGAAGCGACGGCGCAUGAAUCGAAUCUACUUCAAAAGAGCUCUUUGCGAACUUAGAAUCUGAAAGGGCAAAGAUGCAGGCAAGUGAUAGGUUUAACAUCAAUUCUCAGCUUGAGCAUCUUCAAGCUAAGUAUGUUGGUACUGGCCAUGCUGAUUUGAGCAGAUUUGAGUGGGCUGUGAACAUUCAGCGUGACAGUUAUGCUUCCUACAUUGGUCACUACCCCAUGCUUGCUUACUUUGCUAUCGCUGAGAACGAGUCCAUUGGACGUGAACGCUACAACUUUAUGCAGAAAAUGCUUCUACCUUGUGGCCUUCCUCCAGAAAGAGAAGACGACUAAAGAGAGAGACUUGCAAGUGUUGUGUCGCAAAUUCGAAUCAGAUACAAAAGACAAUUUAUCUUUCUACUCUCUCUCUCUCUCUCCAUGCAGUGUUGUAUUGGUCAUAAUACCCUAUCUGAGCUCUUGAUUGUGUAAACAUAAUUGUCUUUGAUUUAAUGAAAACCUACUAUGCACUUA